AUGUCUCGCUCUGCGCUGUCCCUCUGCCUGCUGCUCGCUCCCGUGGCGCUAUCUCUCCCGCAGCACGCCGCGACGAACCGGACCAAUGGCCCUUCCUGCCGGUAUCUGCCGCAAGACGCGCAGUGGCCGUCGCCGCAGUCGUGGAGCCGGCUUAAUGCCACGGUGCAGGGCCGCCUGCUGCCGGGCGAGCCGCUGGCGCACGUCUGCCACGGCGCCGACCACGACGCGGCCGCGUGCGCCGACCUCGCCGCGCACUGGACCGAGCAGGCGCCGUACGCUUCGGACCCCGUGAGCAUCAUGUCCCCGUUCUGGGCCAACAACUCGUGCACGCCCUUUACCGGCCCCGCCGCGCCGUGCCUGCAGGGCAACUACGCCUCGUACGCCAUCAACGUCAGCAGCGCCGCCGACGUCGUCGCCGGGCUGCAGUUUGCCCGGCAGAGCAACGUCCGCGUGCAGGUCAAGAACACGGGGCACGACUACCUGGGCCGGUCGACGGGCCAGGGCUCGCUCGCGCUCUGGACGCACAACCUCAAGACGAUCCGCUUCCUCAACUACACCAGCGACCGGUACACCGGCCCGGCCGCCAAGCUCGGCGCCGGCGUCCAGGCCUUUGAAGUGUACCCGGCGGCGGCGGCACACGGUCUGCGCGUCGUCGGCGGAUACUGCCCGACCGUGGGCAUCGCCGGCGGGUACCUGCAGGGUGCCGGACAUGGGCCGCUGCUCGGCACGUACGGCCUCGCGGCCGACAACACGCUCGAGGUCGAGGUCGUCACCGUGCAGGGCAAGCACCUCGUGGCUAGCCCGACGCAGAACGCGGACCUGUUCUGGGCGCUCAACGGCGGCGGCGGCGGCAACUACGGCGUGGUCUUGUCGGUGACGACGCGCGCGCACCGCGACGGGCCUGUGGCAGGGGCGUCGCUCACCGUGCUCCCGACGGCGAGGACCAACGACACCGAGGCGCAUUGGCGCGUCGUCGCGGCCUGGCACCGCCACCUGCUGUACCUGGACACGCUGCCCGGGUUCACGAGCGUGUACCACAUCUCCAGCACGAGCUUCCAGCUCAGCCAGGCGACGUAUGCGGACCACGGGGUGGCGGAUAUACAGCGCGCGCUGGAUCCGUUCCUGGCGCAGGUGCGGCAGCUCGGGUUCAACUACACGCUCGAGACCAAUGUCCAGACCAGCUACUACGACCACUACGUCAAGUACAACCCGAAGCUGCCGUACGGGUCCUACUUCAACAACGAGACCAUUGGCGGCCGCCUCAUCAGCCGCGACGCGGUGAGGACCAACCUGCCCCAGGUCGUGCAGGCCAUCCGGCGCAUUGCCAAUUCGGGCGCGGGCACGUUUGUGAAUGGCGUGGCGGGCAACGCGAACCGCGCGCGCAGCAGCAGCAACGUGCCUGGAACAAACGCAGUGCUUCCUGCGUGGCGGGAUGCCCUCUACCAUCUGAUUAUUGAGAUUGUGUACCCGGGGGACGCGCCGUCGGCGCAGCUUGUCCGUGUGCAGAGCGACAUGAAUGGCCACCAGGAGCUGCUGCGGGCGGCGUCGCCGGUCGGCGGAGCGUACAUUAACGAGGCGACGUUUGACAAUACGCACUGGAAGGAGGACUAUUUUGGAGCCAAUUACGACAAGCUGCUGCGGGUGAAGAAGAGGUAUGAUCCCCAGUUUGUGCUCUACGGACCGGCUUCGGUGGGGAGCGACACUUGGGUGCGGGCUUCGGAUGGGCGUCUGUGCAGAAAGUAG